GUUGCAUUAAGGAAGAUGUAUAGCAUCAAGGCAUCACAACCAAACAGCGGUCAUAGGUGUCUAGAAAGAUACACUUUCCUGAAGUUCUUUGUUGCAGCUCUAAACCAGCUCUCUUUGUCCUCCGCCCCGCUGCAGAUACGUUUCCUGUUGCUGUUCAGCCGGCAGGGCAAGGUGCGUCUGCAGAAGUGGUACGCGCCCACGCCUGAGCGCGAGAAGAAGAAGGUGAUGCGCGACAUGACCACGCUGGUGCUCGCCCGCAAGCCCCGCACCUGCAACUUCCUCGACUGGAGGGACCUCAAGAUCGUCUACAAGAGGUACGCCAGUCUCUAUUUCUGCUGUGGCCUUGAAAAUCAGGACAAUGAGCUGUUGGCUCUGGAGGUUUUACAUCGAUUUGUGGAGCUGCUUGAUAAAUAUUUUGGAAAUGUAUGUGAGUUGGACAUCAUUUUUAACUUUGAGAAGGCUUACUUCAUUCUGGAUGAAUUCCUGAUGGGUGGGGAGAUACUGGAGACAUCCAAGACGUCCAUCUCUAAGGCAAUUGAGGCCUCAGACCUGCUGCAGGAGACUAUGGAGGAGUAUAUGAGUAAGCCUGCCUUCUAAAGCACAGGGAAAAAAGAAGAAAUGGAGUCAGGAAGAGAGUAAAUGGAGUCGGGGGGGAUCCACACGGCUAUGUUGUUCGCCUUGGUCAUACCACUGCCUUUAUUCUGUGUAACUAUGUGCACAACUCUCCAUUUUCCCAAAAGAGUUAGUCAUAGGUCGUUCGUAACUUCGAAGCACAUCUGCUUAGCUCUCUUCAGGGAGAUGCCCACAAACUGUCAUUUCAAAGGUAUUUAUGUACAUGGAUUCUAGCCAUACAAUGACACUGAUACUGAUUGUCCUGCAGAUUAGCAUGAUGAUGACAAUCAUAGCUGACUGUAUGUAAUCAUUCCUACUCUUAAAUAAUUCUGUUUUAUUAUAAUAAUAAUGUAUUUAAAUUACUGUCAGAUGAUUAAAAGUGCCUUUUUAUGUAUGUGUAUGUCACCGUAUGUUAAAUAUUCAGAUUUUACUGAGUCGUUCUAGUGCCUCAGGGAGUAAUCGGUUGUAAUUCUUGUUUUUUGUUUUUCUUGGUGGAGGUUAUAAAUUCUGUAUUCUACAGCACAAUAUUGAUUUUUUUUUCACGGACUCUACAAUAAAAAACUUAUUUUGAUAAA